UGACUCUAGCCAGCCCAAGGCUUUGGGUUCGAAAGCCUGAACAGCCUCCAGAUGGCUCUGGGGGGUUGAGCAACUGAGACGCCGCCACCAUCACUUCCCCCUGCAGCCUUUGGGGCCAGAAGGGGGAACUGCCUCUUCCCCUUUUCAGCCUCAGCAGAAGGGAUGCCAGGCGCCUCCCUGGACAGGCCAGAGAACGGCUGAGACAGUGGCAGAGAGUCCCAAGGGUCCAAGGAUGUGGACUCUGUUGCCCUCCAUCGCCCUGCUCCUUGGGCACCUUGCUUGCCCUGCCUGGGCUGAGUGUCCGCCAUCCCAGAAAGGCAAUGACACUAACCCCUGCGACUGCGUGACAGCCACCAGGAUCUUCCGGGACUGCCUCCACUGCCCACCGGAGCUGGGGUGCCAAUGCUCCUUUUCUGAGGAACUCCUCAAUGUGACCCAGUUCUAUGCCAUGAACUGCCAGGGCUUGCCCGCCAAAGCCGUCUACGUGGCCGUGGUCGUCCCCAUCAUGGGCCUCUUCCUCAUCGCAGCCCUCACCUACUUCUUGGUCCGGAGCAAAAAAGGGGAACCCCUGGCCCAUGACAAGUGGACACCUGACACUGCCGAGGGGCAACCCAGGUACGUGGGCCAGGAUAGGCCCCAGGGACACCAGGGCUACUACGAGAACAUCUUUGUGGGCCAAGGCCCAGAGGGUGGCAAGCGCCAAAGCAGGAGAAACUCCAAGAACAGACCACGUCGACUCUCAGACUUCCAUGGAGAGCAACCCGUCUAUGCCAACACUCAAGGCAUGUAUUACAAUUACGCUGGAAAAGGUGGCCAAGGUGAAGAGUCAGUCUACAUUACUCCGGAUGAAUAGCCUCCCUGUUCACCACCAGAUCCUCCAUGCACAGGAGCAUGUUCAAUUCAUGUCCAUUCCAUUUGGACCCUUUGCUUUCAAUGGGGAUGCGAUGAAGCAAAGAGAAGGAACUUUUGCAGCCCCAUUCAGCUUUUCCUCUUAUGGGUGCAGUGUCCUUGCAAACCCCUUUGCUCGCCUAUGUAUCCAGGGAGAGCAUUUCCUCCCCUUCAUCACCAGAGUUUUCUUAAUUUUAUGGCAAUGGAUGUAUUAAAUCAAUGUAUUUAGUGACAAAA